AUCUGCAAGUUCGCUCGCGUUUACGACACCGGCGAAGUCCCCUACGAAACCCUCCCGCAGAAAAAGGGGAAGCGAAGUGGACAUCUUUGGACGCGGCCCCGAAUACUUGAGUAAAGAUUCCACUUUGAUGCCUGAUCGAUGGAGACCAUGACGUUCCUGGUGCUGAAUUGGGUGCAAGAUUGAUCUAUUUAAUCGCGGAGCGGGUGAAUUGGGGCUCCUUGUUUUGGGGGAUUGUGGAGGCGUAGAAGGCGCAGAUGGAGGGGUGGAAGUGGUUUUGCUGGAGCCGAGGAGUCUCCUACGAUGCCGUUCCUCCCGAGCCGGAGUCCUUCUCCCUCCCUUCUCCCAUUCCUGAAUGGCCUCAAAGUGGGGCGUUUGCUAAAGGAAGAAUAUGCAUCGGUGAAUUGGAAGUUGUACAGAUUACCAAUUUUAAGCGCAUUUGGAGUUGUUUCUCUUCAAAGGAGAAGAGUAAAGGAGCUGUUUUCUAUGAACCCUUAGAAAUACCAAAUGGAUUUUUCAGCUUUGGCCAUUAUGGUCAGCGGUGUGACCAACCUUUGCAUGGUUUUGUGCUUGUGGCGAGAGAAAACGCUGAAUUCCAAUCGGUGGCUGAUCUGCCAGCUCUUCAGAAGCCACUGGAUUAUACACUCGUCUGGAGUUCAGAUGACUUCACAGAGGAGUCCCAUGUUGGUUGUGGUUACUUCUGGCUUCCAAUACCACCUGAGGGGUAUCGAGCAUUGGGCUACUUGGUUACCAGUGGACCCAACAAGCCCUCGGUUGUAGAAGUUAGAUGCGUUCGAAGCGAUCUUACAGACACAUGCGAAGCCCAUGAAUUGAUGAUCGAUAUGGAAACGAUAUUUCCAGAGCUGCCCUGCCAAGUUUGGAAGAUGAGACCUUCUUCUCGGGGACUGUUGGGGACAGGUGUUUCUGUUGGGACCUUCUGUUGCAAUACGGACUCGACCUCUGAAGAUAUGUUGAACAUCUGUUGUUUGAAGAACUGUGAUUCUUCUCUGAAAGCAAUGCCAAAUUUAGAGCAGAUGCAUGCUCUCAUCAAGCAUUAUGGUCCUACUCUUAUGUUCCAUCCAAAAGAAGUUUAUUUGCCUUCAUCAGUUUCAUGGUUUUUCGAGAAGGGUGCUAUUUUGUAUAAGAAAGGUAUCAAACUUGGAGAGACUAUAGAUUCAGAAGGUUCAAACCUCCCAUUGGGGGGAACAAAUGAUGGGGAAUACUGGAUAGAUCUUCCUGAUGAUGAUAGGAAUAAUCUCGUUAAGAGAGGGAACAUAGGCAGUGCAGAACUUUACGUUCAUGUGAAACCAGCCCUGGGAGGCACGUUCACGGACAUUGCCAUGUGGAUCUUCUGCCCCUUCAACGGCCCUGCUACGAUCAAGAUCGGGAUGGCAAACUUUCCGCUGAACAAAAUCGGGCAGCAUGUAGGCGAUUGGGAGCAUUACACACUUCGGAUAAGCAACUUCACCGGUGAACUCUGGAGUAUAUAUUUCUCUCAGCACAGUGGAGGGGAGUGGAUCGAUGCUUGUGGCUUGGAGUUCUUUGGAGGUAACAGGGCAGUCGUUUAUUCCUCAAAGAGCGGCCAUGCAAGCUUCCCGCACCCUGGAAACUACCUCCAAGGUUCGGAAAAGCUGGGAAUUGGUGUGAGGAAUGACACUGCUCGAAGCUCACUUUUCGUCGACUCAAGUACCAGAUAUCAGAUUGUUGCAGCAGAGCAUCUAGGCGAUGCUGUGGAACAACCAUUUUGGUUGCAGUACAUGCGAGAAUGGGGUCCAACUAUAACAUAUAACUCCAGGUCGGAAUUAGAUAAGAUUCUUAGCUUCUUACCGUUCACUCUCAGGUUCACGGUGGAGAAUAUAUUUGACAGUCUUCCCAUGGAGUUAUAUGGCGAGGAAGGACCCACAGGACCCAAGGAGAAGAACAACUGGGUAGGUGACGAAAGGUGGUAAGAGUCCUAUUCAGGAGCAGUAUUGCGGCAUUCUCAUCUUUCAGGAACAUGCAGAAACUUUCAAGUACUUAAUUCAGCACAGUUGCAUUGAUCUGGCCACUUAUGAUCUCGAAAGUUGGGUAAAAGAACCAUUUUGGAUACACCAAAUGAGAGUUGUGAUCCAACCAUUAUGAUAAAAUUGCAUCAUUUAAGGAAUGUAAUCAGCUUAAGUUGUCAUUCGGUAUCACAUAGUAUUUCCACACCUGCAACUGUAUGGUAAUCGGAGCAAUUUCAAGUUCCUCUUGUGGAGGUUAUUUUCUUGUUCCUGUAUUCCAGAUCAGCACAUUUGGGUAUGUCUGGUUAUCCAAGUUUAAUUGCAUGUAUUAUAAGACGAUUUCCAACCACAUGGUAAUAUAUUGAUGAAUGGUGAAGCAGUUCUAUUUCUUUGUGAUUCUGCAGCAUCAUGUUCUUA